AUGUUCGCCAAGCUGAAGAAGAAGAUCGCAGAAGAGGCGGCGAUUGCCCCCCGGCCAGGAGGAGCCGCCCGCAUCCCCAGGUCUGUGAGUAAGGAGUCGAUCACGUCCGUGGGAGCAGACUCAGGAGAUGACUUUGCUUCUGAUGGAAGCAGCUCUAGAGAGGAUCUUUCAUCCCAGUUGUUCAGAAGAAAUGAACAAAUAAGAAAACUGGAAGUCAAGCUCUCUGAUUAUGCUGAUCAGAUCCGAAACUUGCAGAAGAUAAAGGAGAAGCUUGAAAAUGCAUUAGAAAAGCAUCAGGAUUCCUCCAUGAGGAAGUUUCAGGAGCAGAACGAAGCUCACCAGGCCAGCCGGGCCAAGCUGGCCGAGGGAAUGGCUUUGGCUCUGGAGAAGAAGGACCAGGAGUGGAUGGAAAGACUGGGCCAAGUUGAAAAGGAAAAAAAAAUGCUCGAAGCACAGUUACAAGAGAUGAGGCAGCAGAGUAUGAACCUUUUUCAGAAAAGAGAUGAAAUUGAUGAACUGGAGGGCUUUCAGCAGCAGGAAAUUGCCAAAGUUAAACACAUGCUUUUGAAAAAGGAGGAGUCUCUGAGCAGAACCAAGCAGGAACUAGAGGCAUGCACUCGAGAACUCACGUGCACUAAAGAGGUGCUGCAGGAGGCGAGCAGCGAGUCGUUGGGCCUGAGGAAAGACCUUGGGGAGCUGCGGCAGCAGUUGGUGGAGCUGGAGGCACAGAGAGAUGAACUAAUGACAGCUGAGACAAAUGCAGAAAAUAAGAUCACUGCUCUGGAGUUAAGAGAACAGGAGCUACAAACUGUCAUUCAGCAGCUUUCUGUAGACUUGCAAAAUGCUCGAGUUGCUGGUUCUGGCUGUGAGAAGAGACUGGAAGUGUUACAGGUGGAGCACGACUCUCUGAAGGUGGAAUAUGAACAACACAAGCAAAAGAUGACUUUUGAAUUUGCUGAGAGAAAUACACUUACUGAACAGCUGCAAGAAAAAGUGUCGUCCUUAGAGAAAAAGCUAGAAAGAAAUCUUUCAGGGGAUGAACACAUGCAGGAGCUACUCAAAGAGAAAGCUGCUCUUGAGAAGAAACUGGAUGAAACCAGGCAGCAGGUCCUAACAGACAGAACGCAUCACACCGAGACUGUGAACCGGUUGGAAGCACAGAAUAAAGAACUGGAACAAAAACUACAGAUUGCCACAGAAACGUUGAAAAAGAGCAAAGAAGCAGCUGCUGAGCAGGACCUGAAGAUCCAGAAGCUGCAAACUGAUCUAGAGGAUGAAAGAAGUAAGCUGCAGCAACAGAUUUUAAGUGAGAAGCAUCAAUACGACCAGAAAGUUACUGGGCUGGAGUCUCAAAUUGCUGCUCUUGAAACAGCUUGGGAAUUCGACAAAACAGCUACUCAGCAGAAGAUUAGCCAGUUGGAAAAGGAAAAAGAAGAUCUUAAUGGAAGCAGAGAAGAGUACGAGAGUUCUUUAAAAAGACAAGAAUCUGAGUUGAGCAGGCUAAAGGAUGAAUUGAGCAGCAGGGAGACUGUUAGCGUUGAAAUUGCCAAAGCACUGGAAGAAACAAGAAAGCAGAGGGAGGAGCUACAACAGCAGGUUUCCCAUCUGGCGUCCUUAAUAAAGGAAAAAGAUCAGCUGAUUGAUGAAAGAAGCGAUACGCUGCUGAAACAGAAGGAAGAACUAACCCAGCUUCAUCAAGAUCAUGAAGCUGUCCUGUUGCAAAUGCAUCAGUUACAAACUGACAUAGAAGCAAGUAACGACCGAGCAGCGGAGAAGGAAGAAACGGCCAGAAAGGAGAUCGAUGAGCUGAAGCUGCAGAUACAGGAGUGCCUGUUGGCCAGGGAGUGUGGGAAGAUUGUGAGUGCACUUGAGGAAUCAACAAGAGCCCUGAACAACAGGCGUCUCCAUUCUCCGGAAGGCCGCGUGGCAGAGCAGAAUGGAGAGGUGAUGGCUGCAGAUGUCAUUCAACUUCAGAAGGAUAACAAAGAGCUGGAACAGCAAAUUGCUGAGAAGAACAAGAUGAUAAAGCAGCUACAACAAAGAAUGACGGAACUCAAGAAAACUCUUCAGAAAGAGUUGAAAAUAAGACCUGACAGUGAGGUACCUGAAGUACGUGAAAAAGCAAAUUCUGAAGUGCCUAAUGCUUCUGUGACUGUCACAAACAACUCCGAUUUAAAUGACUCGAGGGAGAUAAACUUUGAAUACCUUAAACAUGUCGUACUAAAAUUCAUGUCCUGCCGGGAAUCCGAGGCAUUCCAUCUAAUUAAAGCUGUAUCUGUGUUACUGAAUUUUUCACAAGAGGAAGAAAACAUGCUUAAAGAAACUUUGGAGUACAAGAUGUCAUGGUUUGGGUCAAAGCCAUCUCCUAAGGGCAGCAUCCGGCCGUCCAUCUCGAGCCCGAGGACUCUGUGGCCUUAA